CUUACUAGACACCUAUCUCCCUGUCCAGGUCAUAAUAAGCCUGAUCCAUCAGAAUCCCAAUUGUACCUUGACUUUCAAUUCUCAUAUUCUCAUAUCAAUCGCCUACACUUAUUACACCCACACGAGCCACACCUCCUUCAUCCAGGUACUCCAUAGCUAUCCAUCCAUAUCAAACAUAUCGUGUCCAGAUCAUUAUGUGAUCCUCUUAAAUUCAACCCCAACCAAUCAGAUCAUCACAAUUCAUCAAGAGGUAAAAGUAAGAGAGAGCAGCCAUCAAUGCUUUUAAUGAAAGAUCGACUUAAUUCACUUAAACUUAACUUUACACUCAUUUUUUCCAUCUUCAUACCCAUUGAUAUUCUAGAAGUCCUUUAGAGAAAAAAAAGGUACCUACCCCCAUUGACAAUCCAUUAAUCUCAUCAAUCCUUUGGGGUCAAGAAGAGCUUGUUGGCUUAAUUUAAAUCGGUAUCUAUCCAAUCUGCGACACGAGCCGAAGUACAUACAUACAUAACCAGCUACGACAUCAAACCUCUUGUGACAGACACCCCAGAACUCCAGAUUCGACAAAUGCGCUCGUAGGAUCUUCACAAAACUAUCGAUUGAGGACAACCUUUCGAACAGUACAACGGCGCCAUGGGCCCAGUCCGCUCUUUACGGCGUACAAACCCACUCACUUUGAUUGUGGGUGUGGUCUUAUGUAUCAUCAUAUUCGUCUUUCUCUUUUCCCCAUCCAACGCCGACGCAGCAGCUUCGCAAUUACGAAGAGCCAGCGCCGCAUCCAAUCCCCUCUCACCACCUACCUCUCCCUUUCGCAAACAAAAUGAAGCUACAAAGAGCGGGAAACGCAUACCACCCCCUGUGGUUCAUUACCACAUGAAUAAUGUUACCAGUACCGCCGAUCCUUUGGGGAACCGAGAGAUGAUUCUCAUCUUGACACCUUUGGCAAGAUUCUAUCAGGAGUACUGGGAUAACCUGUUGAAGCUUUCGUAUCCGCAUGAACUCAUCACUCUCGCGUUUAUCAUCCCACGCAACAAGGAAGGAAAUGCCGCUACAGCAGCGUUGCAGGAACAGGUUACCAAGACUCAGAAGUCGGGCCCGGAAAAGAAUCGUUUCGCCAGUAUCAUUAUCGAGCGACAAGAUUUCGAUCCUCCCAUCGCAUCCCAAUCCGAAACCGAGAGACACAAGAUGGAGAAUCAAAAGGCACGAAGAGCCGCCAUGUCCAGAGCGAGAAACUCCCUCCUCUUCACAACUCUUGGACCCUCCGUAUCGUGGGUGCUAUGGUUAGAUUCGGAUGUUAUUGAGACGCCUCCCACCUUGAUCCAAGAUCUGGCUUCGCACGAUAAAGCGAUCAUUGUGCCAAACUGUUUCCAAAGAUACUACGAUACUAAAGAUAAACGCAUGUCGGAACGCGCCUACGAUUUCAACAGCUGGCAGGAUAGUGAUGUGGCACGAAAGCUUGGGGAAUCAAUGGGUCCGGAUGAUAUUUUGUUGGAAGGUUAUGCGGAUAUGGCGACAUAUCGAACAUUGAUGGCAUAUCUUGCCAGUGACACUGGCGAUUCCAAGGAAGUGAUUCCGCUCGAUGGGGUAGGAGGAACGGCAUUGAUGGUUAAGGCAGAGGUUCAUCGUGAUGGGGCGAUGUUCCCUCCAUUUGCAUUCUAUCAUUUGAUUGAAACGGAAGGGUUUGCAAAGAUGGCAAAGAGAUUGGGUUGGGAGGCUUUUGGUUUGCCUAAUUAUAAGGUCUACCAUUUCAACGAGUGAGAGAUGUCCGGCACAUCACAAUUUCCCACUCAUAUACCUUCUCACUAGAUAUUUGAAACGAGGAAAAGAUGACAUAAUAUUUUGGAUGGAUGGAUGGAUGGAUGGAUGGAUGGACAGCAAGUUGCAGAUGGGAAAGGAACUCUAUCAGGAACAGCAUACCUAGGUAGUCAUGAGGAGGGAGGGAAAUAAAUGGUUGGUUGGUCUCAUAACCAUAUCAUACCUACAUUGUGUAUCAAAGCGUAUGGUAUAGGAAAAAUAAAUAGGAUCGGGCGUUUGCUGUGUAUUUUUUUUUGACGCGAGUGAAUGAGAAUUUCAAUUGUAUUAUUUUUGUGGAAUUAUCUGUUUGUUUGUUUGUCUGUCUGUCUGUCUGUCUCUCUGAUAGAGUAGUGAA